CGACCCAACUCCAUCGUCGUUUCGCCCCGAUCGCAGCAGCAUUGACAGACAGACGACACGCCGCCGCUCCCGCCCCGUCCGAGCUGACCCGGCCCGAGACCCCCGGCCGUCACCAUGUCUGUGGCGGUCGUCGCCUCGCUGCGGCCCCUUCCCGGCCGUUGCCUCCGUCACGCUGCCUCCGGCCUGCUUUCCGUCCAGCUCCGGUCGCGGACCGCCAGCGUCCACGUCCACGCCCUCGUCACGCUCCGCCCACCACCACAGCAGCAGCAGCAGCGCUGCCAAUCGACGAGUCCCGCGUCGCGGGCCGACAAGGAUGCCCCGCCGCCGCCGCCCGAGCAGCCCAAGAUGACGUUCCGGCGGUUCGUCGGGCACGCCCUGCGCGCCAGCUUCCGCAACAUGGCUGUCGCGCUGAGCCCGCGCGGCAUCCGGACCGCGUUUCGCGACUCUCCCGCCGCGACGAGCAUCAGCAUCGUCCUUCUCGUCCUUACCAUCGCCUUCUCUGCCGUCGCCGUGCGCGCCUAUCUCCAGGCCUUUUACGGCUCAUCGUUCAGUCGGUACCCCGAGCCCGUCGCCAACACGCUGCGGCGGGCCAUAUAUUACACAAACGUCCGCCCCGAGCCGGAACUGGCCCUAAAAUACUAUAAAAAGGCUAUGGAACAGUGCGCCGAGCUGGGCCUGGACCCCUUCUCGGAUGAGGUCAUUGGCAUUCGCAUCCAGACCUCGUUCUGGCUGCAAAAGAUUGGCAACUACAAAUCCGCCAUUGAGGUCCUCGAGUCGGUCCUCGACGACUGUAGGAAGUGGGUCGACGUGAUGGAGAAGUCGGUCGCGGAUGGCAAAGUCGACGCCAAGGGGUACUAUUUGUCCGAGACGCCGGCACCGGCACCGGCACCGCUGCAAGGGAAGUCCGCGGCGCAGGAACCCCAGGCGAUCAAGAAAGACGGCGAGCCGGCGGCGGCGCCCGAGACGUUGUGGCGAAAGCGAGAACGCCUGCUAGCCAAGGCCAUCGGCACCGCCGUCAAGCUCGGGGAGCUGUACUCGGAUGAGCACGUCCUGGACCCGGAAAAAUCGCACUCGCAUCUGGUGUGGGCGGUCGAGACGUCGCUGAGAGAGUAUCAGAGGCGGCGGACCGGUGACACCAAGCCCGGCGAGGAGUCGUGGCUAUCGCCCGAGGAGCUGGGCGGCGCCAUGGAGUCGCUCGGGCGCGACUACGAGCGGCGGUCGCAGUUCCAGCUCGCCAUUCCGCUCUUCUUCCAGGCCCUGCGCCUAUGCGAGACGCCCUGCCACCGCGCCGUCAUCAUGAACAACCUGUCCGCCGCCUUCGCCCAGCACCCUAUCUACACGACCGCUGAGGCUAGCGCGUCCGACGCGCUCAAGGACGUGUUCACCACGUCCAUGCCGACCACGCGCAGUGACUGCCUCGAAGCAGCGCUUAACUGGGCGCGCAACGCGUACGAGCACGCCCGGGACGUUAAGGGCGAAGAGCGCACGGCCGAAUGCGACGAGGCCUGCGCCGUGGCCCUCUGCAAUUGGGGCGACGUGGCGGCCAUGCUCGGCAAGACAGAGCUCGCCAGGAAGAAGUACAGGCAGUGCAUCGACAUGAGCCGCAAGAUGGAAUUUGCGCCCGGCGUUAGGCAAGCGCAGGAGGGGCUGGCGCGACUGACGUCGACGCCGGCCGACCAGGUCUGAAGUACGCCGUGGCCUCUGGAGCGGUGGUCGAAAACGCAUUCGUAUAUAGCUUCGACUGGUAAAGUCGGACAGUGUAUAACACGUGUAUCACGAGAUUGGCGCCGGCUAUCUGGCCGCUGUUGCUCUCGCUCUAUAUAUCCCACGGUGGAGUGACGUCUCAGGCACUACUGCCACGCUUCUCGUCUUCCAUACCUUCGCGGAGGAUCUUGACCUGCUUCUGUAUCUCAACCCAGAGGAUCAACUUGUCCAGAUCGGGCUUUUUAUCCUUUCCGCCUGGUGACACGAGGGUCCGGUCCAAGACUUCGACCCAGUCAUCGGGCCCGUCUACGGU